GUGGUGGUGUUCGUGUUCGAGUCGGAGGGGCUGAGGGCCGCGGCGGAGCGGCUGUGGCCGGCGGAGAUUCCGCUAGGGGAGGUAAACCGGAGGCUGAUCCGGGGGAUGGCGGGUUGCGAGAUGGCGCGGUUCAAGUUCCGGAAGGGGUGCGUCACGUUCUACGUGUACGCGGUGAGGAGGUGCGGCGGAUCAGGGUUCGGGUGCGCCGAGGAUCUGAGGGAGAUUCUGCAGGCGGUGGCGGCGCUCAAGGAUUUCCUCGAUCACACGGCAAUGCUCGCCAUGCCCAACCAGAGGAGUAUAAACUACGCGCCGCCGCUGGCCGUGCAGUUUUUGGUGGAUCAGCCUGACUCAUGACCCUGACACUCACCAAUCAACAUCCAACUGGAAUCCACAAAUAUAUGUGUCACUUCGAUAACAAAUAUAUGGGAUAAUUCUUAAUAAAUUCAUAAAUCAUAAUUUAUUUUGUAUAACAAUUUUUUGGAAG